CGCCGUUAACUCCGAGGUUCAGUUCCAGUGGGUAAUGCCAUCUUCCACUUUCUGUUCUUCUCCCACAAAACACAAUAAAAAACCAUGGCUAAAAUGACAAAUCCAGGAGCACUUCGUCCCCUUCAUUCUUAUUCCCAUCUCAAGCAGUGGCCUUUUGUAGAUUCUAGUACAAUCCUUCCUGGUUUUAGAGAUUCUCGUUUCUCUAAUUUUAAAGGGACGCUGAAAAGCUCAAGAAAGGCAUCGUUUGUUCCUGUAAUAGCAUCCCAGAGCUCUCCUGUAAAUUAUGUCCCGGACGCAAAAUUUUACAAGGUGGAAGCGAUUCUCAGGUACAUAAACCGCCCUAUCUUUCUCUUUCCCAUGCAUGCCAUGGAUCAUUUCCAUUUCUAAUUGUUUUUCCUUUUUUGUUCAUGUGCUGAAUUUCGGAUGGAAAAAAUAUGCCCUGGCGAAUCCAGCAAGUUUCUUCGUUUCUGAUGUAGGAGGCUUUGGGGCUCAAGGUUAUUCAACAGAGAGACAUGGUGGCUCUGAAUUUUCUGGGGACAAGUUUCUAGCUAAAGUUAAAAUGGAGAUUGUGGUGAGAAAGGAGCAGGUGGAGGCUGUGAUUGAUAAGAUAAUUGAGGAGGCAAGGACUGGAGAGAUUGGUGAUGGCAAGAUAUUCUGUAACCUUCCAAAUUUGUUCUUCUCAAGCUAUAUAGUUGAGGGAAUUCUUCCAUUAUGGCUAAAGAAAGCUGUAAAGUAUAAAAUUAUGGAACCACGAUAGUAAAAAUUUCAGGUAAAUGAAGUUGUUUUGUAAGUUUCUUUAUGUUUUGACUUCUGACAAAAUCAUUCAUAGGUGAGGCCUCUUUACAGACAUGUGGUGUAAAUGAGCUAGGAAAUGUUUUAUGUUCUGCAACAUCAGAUUGUUAAAACUGCUGCUGUGUCCCGAUUUUGCCUUCUUUUUAAUUCCUGUUAUAGCUUGAUCGUGAUGACUACAUCUUUAUGAAAUUGUCUCUGUUGCCUCUUUGUGCAUCGUAACCACAUCCGAAAGAGUGGGAUUGUUAAUUUAGAGCUAGUAGGGGUACUUUGUCUCAUAUUUGAGUAUUGGAACCCGUUCUCUGUUGAUACAUCUUGAACCUUCUAACAAAAUUCUUUUGGUCAUACAGUGGUGCCUGUCUCUGAUGUCAUUAGAGUUCGCAUAGGUGAGUGUGGAGAGAAAGCUGAGAGGUUGGUCGGAGGACAAUCUGACGUGUCCACUCCUGCAUAACCAGAUUUGCAUUGUCAGCAAUGUUAGCUGCAGCUUACUCUAAUUGAAGUGUCAAAGCUGCAGCUGCCCUUAAUUUGUUGAAGCUUAUGAUAGUGUUAGUUGUUUAGCAUGUAUUAGCUCCUGCGAAUUAAAAUAAAGAUGAAGCAUCAGUCACAGUGCUUUCUAUCUCAUCAUAAUGUGAAGCUGUUACUGGUUACUUAGUUGUUAUAUUUUGCUUAGCUGUUAUUCUUUUGUGCCACCUAUCUUGCCCAUCCACUCCUAUAAAAGCCAUCCUGAUAUCUUUAAGGCCUUGCAGGGUUAUACUAUUACAGAAAGACUGUCUCAGUUUCCAUUGCAUCCUCCUUGACAACAGAGGCCACUAGCAAACAAGUUAGCUUGAAGCUUCUGCUAGACACAAAAGCCCAGAGAGUUGUAUUUGCUGAAGCUGGAAAAGACUUAAUUGAUUUUCUAUUUAACUUAUCACACUUGCCUGUUGGCAUCGUGAUGAGGCUUCUUCUUAACCAGAGCGUGGAGGGUUGCCUUGCAAACAUCUGCAAGACCAUUGAAGAUUAUGAUGACAAGAUCAUGCAUCCAUCACGAAACAAGGAUGACGUGAUGAAGCCAAAGGUUGUGACCAUUAACACAACUGAUCCUCAAGAAUUGUUAGAUAUUCAGACUACAUCUUCUUAUGCGUUUUUCAAGUCCUACAGUUGCCGUUUGAUGUUUCAGGCCAUGUGAAUUGCCUCACCCCCUACAUUAGUUGAGCCAUCCAAGAAAUCUCUCUCAGAUGAUGGUGGUUAUGUGAGAGGCUUUCAAAUUGCUCAAGGCAUCGUUGUAUUCCAAGACUGCUCAUUGAUGUGGUCCUUGGAAACCAGGAUGAAAGAAUAAGUUACUGAGGUGUCGGUGAUGCCUGUGUCAUCUGUUUAUGUUAUUGCUUGGUUUUGUUCAUUUUAUGUCCCUUUGGUGCUAAUUAGAGAAGAGAAGUAUAUCUGAUGUUUUGUCUACUUGUUGAAUGUGGACAAUGCAGCCUGCUUCAAGAUAAUUAUAUAUUCGUACGGUUCUUUUCAUUAGCUAUUUUGAGGUUG